AUGGCUUCUCCUAUGGAGAGAAUAAACCCUAACAUUACCACUUUUAACUGUGAUGCAGUGAAGCACCUUCUCCACUUCCGAUGUCUUUUCAACUUCGGGAAUUCUCUAAUAUCAUUUGCCCGAAGACACUUUAAGCUUUCAACAACCAAGCAGUCAGAUAUAUCAAUCCCUAACAUCAUGCAUCCACUUCCCACUCUUCCUUUUGAUCUCAUAACAGAAAUACUCUCUAGGCUACCAGUCAAACUUCUUCUCCGAUUCCGAUGCGUCUGCAAAUCAUGGAAUUCUCUAAUAUCUGAUCACAAAUUUGCUAGAAAGCACUUUAACCUGUCAACCACACCCAACCUCCACGUCAUAACCCCUUACGAUCCCUCGCAACGGAGGUAUGUCUUGAGGUCUUAUCCACUCCAAUCCCUUUUCACUAACCUAAGUACUAAUUUCACUCAACUUGGUUUUCCAUUUAACAGUCCUUUUGAACACUUUUUCCAUUACAUUGUUGGCUCUUGUGAUGGAAUCCUUUGUCUCGCCGAUUUUCAUAACACUUUUGUUGUAUUGUGGAAUCCUUCCAUUCGAAAAUUCAAGGAAUUGCCCCUUUUUGAAAAGCCACAAGUGGCUGGUUCGGCAAAGUUUGGCUUCGGUUAUGAUCAUCUUUCUCAUAGUUACAAAGUGGUUGUUCUUUACAACUCCUAUAGAUGUGAUAUCAUUGAAGAUACAAUUAAAAUAAAAAUUUAUAAUUCGAGAACCAAUUCUUGGAGAAGCUUUCAGAAGUUACCUUUUACUACUGAAUUCGGCCCUGAUCAAUCGGGAGUACAUGUCAGCGGUACAAUUAAUUGGUUGGCCUCUACUAAAUGGCGUCCUCCACUUUUUAUUCUUUCUUUUGAUUUAGGUAAAGAUUCUUAUCAAAAGAUUUUUCCUCCUGAGUUUGAUGGGAGGUUGGAAUUGUGUGUGUUGAAGGAUUGCUUGUGCAUACUUUGUGAUUAUGAUGUUUGGGUAAUGAAGGAGUAUGGAAUUAAAGAGUCUUGGACUAAAUUGUUCAAACUUUCUAACUUGCCAGGUCAAAGAAAAGGUCUCUCACGUUCUUACUUGACCAAGGCAUUUGAUAUUUUUGAAGAUGAUCAAGUGUUGUUGGUGGAGCGAAGGAAUAAGAAGAAGUUGAUACUUCACGAUUUUACGAAUGACACUUUUAAGGUUACUUCAUUGUUUCCAACCCUUUCAGAAAUCUGCACCGAGAGUUUGAUAUCACCUUGUUCUUAA